UUUCUCUCUCUAAAACAAAAACAAAAACAAAGUAAGCAGAAGCAUGGAAACACAACCCAACACAAACACAUCACAACCAACUACUAUAAUCUAUCUAUCCAUCUUUCUUCAAUGGCCCAGCUGGACAAAAGGCUAUGUAGAAGGAAAACAAAAAAGGAAGAAAGAAAUGGGAAAGAAAGAGAAGAUUUAUAUGGUUUUCAAAGGUCCUCCAACCAAACCCACCUCACAAAAAUCUCUCUUUCUCUCUCAACAACAACACAUAACUCACGAAACAAAAAUGAUACCUGAAAUGCCCUUCUGCAACCCCCCAAAAAAAAUCCCAUCUUCAUCACUGUCUAUCUUAACUCUCAAAAGAAAAGAAAACAUUUUUUUCACCGAAAAUUAUGUGGGCUUCUUUGGGUUUUCUUUCUUUGUCUUGGUCAGAGUUUUCACAGAGAAAACAGGAAAGCAAAGCAAAAACAAGAACCUUCCUCUCUCUUCCUUCCUUCUCUAUUUUUCUUUCUUUCUUUCUUUUCUCUCUUCAAACUUCUCUCCUUUUCUUCAUUUUUCUCUCUUCAAGUUCUCUCCUUUUUCUUUCUCUUUCUUUCCCUCUUCUAGUUUCCAUCUCUUUGUGAUCCCAUCAUGAAGAAGAUGAAGGGUGUUGUUGGUGGAGCAUCUAUGGAGAAAUCCAGAGGGCCUUCCUUUUCUGUUUAUAAGGACCCAAGAGCCAGGUUUAGGCAUCAGAGUCUCAUGCAAGACUAUGAAGAGUUGUUAAAGGAAACGGAGGCGAUGAAGAAGAAAUUGCAGAUGAUGAAGCAGAAAAAAUUGACCUUAUCGAGUGAAGUCGAAUUCUUGAAGAGACGGCACAAGUUCUUGAUUGAAAACCAGUCUCCAAAUUCUGCAGCCCAGCGAAACGCCGUGCAAGCUUCGAAUUCUAAAAUCCAAGGUAAAAAAAUGGCAAAGGAAAGGAAUUAUAGCAGAAAGGAAUCCGCUUUGCCACGUCCACCUUUAGGUUUUGAUCUAAACCAAAAGGGAAAAAUAUACCAUGAAAAGGAAGCUACUUUGCGAAACCUGGUUCCAGGUUUUGAUUUAAACCAGAAGCUGAAGACUUACUACAGAAAGGAACUUCCUUUACAAAAUCCCACACAAGUUCUUGACCUAAACAAGAAGGAGAGAUUUUACAACCGAAAGGAAGCUGCCAUGAACUCUACUCCAGUUUUCGACUUAAAUCAGAUAUCGCAAGAGGAGGAAGAGCUACAGUUCAGUGGCGAACAAUGGAGGAUUGAGGAACUGAGGAAAGGUUCAGCUAGAGGUGGAAGUGAUGAGCAGCUCAAUGACAUGAAGCUAUCAGCUUGUAGGAACGUUGGAACCGGAGCUAACCGAACGGGGAAGCGAAAGAUUUCAUGGCAAGACCAGGUUGCCUUGAGGGUUUGAUUUCUUACUAGUUGUAUGGCACUCUAAGGUUUUACAUCUUGGUGGGCUUGGAAAGUUUACCUUGCACACUGCCUUAUGAUGAUUACUUAUCAUUUUUCUUUCUCCUUUUGUCUUUUUCUGUAACUUUUUUUUUUUUUUUGGUUAUAUGUAAAGAAAAAACCUUAGUGUUAUAUAAUGAAUGUAUAGAUGGAAAUGAAGGGGAAUUGCUAGUCAGUUCAAGAAUUAAAUUUGUGCUCAUUCUAUCUAUAUCCUUUAUCAGUAGUGAAGUACAAGAAAAUUUGGAAUUGGAAUCUUGACAGAGUGUUGAAUUA